AUGUACUUACUGGGGCUGCUGCUGGUAAUGCUGCAGUUACCACCCCUGUCUAUCCAAAAUUCACACCAGUCAGAGACCAAGAUUGCCAUGGGGAAAGUGAUCCUUUCUGCCCUGGAGAAAGCCACCUCCUAUUUGGAGAAGAGAUACAGGGAAUUUGAUCUCGACUCAUUGGUUGGAUUUUUGAUGCUAAAAGUACAGCUAAAAGGUAUCCUGGAAAAAUGGGUCCAUGACUCUGACAUGAAAACCCUGACCUUGAGUGUUGAGAAGAUAAUAACAAAGUUGACACUAAUCAUCCCCAAAGUUGAAGCUUUCCUCAAAAUUAUUGACUUCAAGUACUUAAGAGAAUUCCAAGAGAUUCUACAGCCAGAAUUUUGGAAGUUCCCUCUUUCAUGGAGAAACACAAGCUCCUCCAUGAUCUAUUCCAAGUUUGACAACUCAAAUCCUUUUCCAGAAAAAAUGAGUGAUUCUUGCAUGUCACAUUUACUAGGAACCAAGUGA